UUAAAUACCAAAUCCCCACCACCCCGGCACAUUUGGGCCCCCUUCAACCAGACCACCUAUGCAAAUUUCGAACCGCCGGUAGAACGACUUCUCUGUUAUCCUUUCCGCUUUGCACUGUGAUCUCCGGCCUAGGCAUUCCUUCUGUUCCCGUCCAAACUGGCUUGACUUAAACGCGGUACUGGCCGACUGGAGCUCGAAAAAAGGGCCGCAACCGACGCGUCUUGACGUGACUACCACGCCCUAGUUUCCGGCCCACACUUUUCAAAGCGUUGUCGACCUCGUUGGAACUUGCAUUCUCGGCAAUUGUCAUGAUCAAGGCGUGACAAGCUCGAGAUAUGGACUCCUCCCCGUCGACGGGCAGCAAGGCUCUCGAGCCGACCCUGCCCACCAUAGCGGGCGUGAAGCGGCCUGCUCCUUCACUGCUCCCGGCAUUCGAGCCCCUCUCGUCCUCGCCAGGCCUGCCGCGACCAUCGAAACGGCAUGCAAACUCCCAUGCCUUCCUCAAGUACCCUACCCCGGUUCCAACCUCGAGCACCGGCAUCCUUUCUUCGAGCCCUCCGCGCCUCGGAUCGCGACCCGCACUUCAGCGGACGCAGUCAACAGUCUCCGAACGCGCCCCUCUCUCCAAUGUUCCGUCGGUAGAGCUCAAAGAAAACGGCGAGACGGUGCUGAUGGGCAGGUCCAGCAGCUCGUCCCACUACCAACUCUCGGCAAACCGUCUGAUUAGCAGGGUGCAUGUCAAAGCCCGGUAUAUCGCGGCAACCGCCCCGCUGGAACCCAACAAGAUCGAAGUCAUCUGCAACGGUUGGAAUGGGAUGAAGCUGCACUGCCAAGGACAGACGUGGGAGUUGGCCAAGGGAGACUCGUUCAUGUCGGAAACGGAAGGUGCCGAGAUUAUGAUUGACGUCCAGGACGCGAGGGCGUUCGUUCGGUGGCCGCGUCGGGAUAAGGACCAAGACGUGUUGGGCCAUCUUAGCGAUUCAACGUGGGACGAGUCUCCACGUUUGAGGGUUCCAAGGGCAGGAUCCGAGUUGCACGGCAGUCCACUCAGGAGGACGACUCGUCUUGCCAGCCCGGAGUCGCCCACGCCGGCCAAUGCCUCCACCUCGGCCAGAAGUCUCGACAACUUGUUGCCACGCGCAAAUGAAGACGACGAUGCGCCGGUGGAGAUCUAUGAAGAUGCCAGUGCCGACGAGAAGUCCCCUCAACGCUCCGAGCCGGGUAACGCUGGCGCCAGCUUCAUGACGCAUGUGGCGACCGAGAGUUUCUCCAGCGACCUGAGCGACCCGCAGUCUGACGACGAGAACGGCCUGAACGAGAAUGACCCGAUUAUGCACUCCUUUGCCUUUGGCGCAGGCAUCUCUGGUCGCUUCACUUCAUUUUCCGCUGCCACUCCCCAAAAACAAUCCGCCACCCGCAACCCGCUCGCCGACGUGCUGGAGUCGUCCCCUCUCGGCCUCUCAGACGCCAACACGCCAGCAGCGGACCCCGUUCACUCCACCGCCAGCUCAGCUUCGCUCGCUGGCCUCAGUCCCGAGGCGAAAGAGACGAUCACCAACCACAUGAUCAACCAACUGGCCUUCUCGCGUCUGUCGUCGACGCCGCUGUCGACCAUCAUGAACAACCUGCCCGCGGACGAUCGCAAGGGCGUAACCAAGGAGCAGCUGCGCAUCAUCAUCGAGUCGACGCCCUGCAUCGGCAUCAUCCGCCGGCAGGGCAAGGACGCGGCUGGCAAGCCGCUCGAGAGUGAGUACUACUACACGCCGGAGCUGGACACGGAUGAGGCGAGGCGGUUGGCGGUCACGGACGGGCUCCGGAAGCCGAGUCUGAGGAAUUGUCGGAAGCAGCACAAGCAAUAUUACUGGAAGCGGCCCAAGACUCCUUGAUCAUCAGCGCCGCCGUGGCGCGGGAGUCAACGAGCCAUGUAUCCUUAUAUCGUUCGUCAAUUUGUCGCAGCCAACAACUGAAGCGACGACUGCAUGCGCCUGUCUGUGCUUGGGAAAAACUCCCUUACCCCUAUUUGUGUCGGAUAUUGCUCGGUCUCCUCGCCUUCCACGCUGUACCCGUCUAUCUGUUUGCUUUUAGCAGGAGCUGCAUAGCGCAAGGCGUAAUUUUGUUGGUGUAUAAUUGGUUGGCAAGCCAUGGCGCUGCUGUCCUGUCUGAGAGAGGACGUCUCAAUCAGGCCUUAGCGAUCGCUUUCUGUUUGCAUGAGAUGGAGAAAGAAGAAAAGCGAAGAUGUAAGAGUUUGGGUGGGAGGACCUUCUUCUCGUCCUUAAUGUUGAUGUAGUUAUGGUUGCGAGUAAGAAAUGAUAUGAAUUUGGGU